UCUUGGUAGUUUGUUUCACGUUGGGUUUAUAGAAUUCUUGAAUAGUUUUUGUAUCUCGUAAUCAAAUACCACGCAGCAUACGAUAGACAGUCGCCGUAGAAUCUUCGCAUGCAAAAUCAUUGGAUUACCGUUGCGCGAACAGCUAUUACAACCAUGGAAACGAAGUCUCCUUACUUUUCUCCUAAAAAGACUCGCAAUUUUUCUAAACAGCACGGACAGACAUUGCUGCAAAAAGUAACCAACCAGUCCAGCAAGAUAGCGGGAGAAAAAGACACCAAACCGAAAGCCGGGCGCGUUUCUAAAACAAAACCGGAACCAGAACCGACAGCAACCACGGUUGCUUGUGAGCCUCGUAAAGGACGUAAAAGAAACAUUCGCAUCGAUGCAAACCCCUUUGCGGAAGUGAAAAUAAAAGUCGAACCACUGGAAGAAGCGAUACCGCAAGUUGGGUUCGCAAUCAACGAAAAAACUCCGGUGAAACGGGAAUCGACAGAAGAACAAUCUCCAGUGAAAGAUGAAUCUGUCGUAGAGCAGCCCGGUUCUAGUUCAGAGCGCACCAUGAAGGAAACUAAAUGGGAGCCCGUCGAUUGGCGCCAGAUGCUUGAAAACAUUAGGCAAAUGCGCAGAGAUACUCCAGCUCCGGUUGAUACCAUGGGGUGCGGCCAGUUUGCGUUGGAUGUGGAAAACAAAAUUCCGCGGGAAAAACGCUUUCAUUGCCUAGUUUCGCUAAUGCUGUCGAGCCAAACCAAGGACGCGGUGAAUUAUGAAUGCAUGGCCCGCUUGAAGAAGCAUGGGUUGACCCCAGAAUCAAUCAUAGCAACCGAUGCCGCAGUUCUGGAGAAACUAAUCUAUCCGGUUAGUUUCUACAAGAACAAAACCAAAUUCAUCAAACGGGUUUCGCAGAUCUUAAUUGACCAGUAUGGCGGGGACAUUCCCGAUAAUAUCGAAGGACUGUUGAAACUACCUGGCGUUGGAAAGAAGAUGGCGCACCUUUGCAUGGGCUCCGCUUGGAACAUUGUUACAGGUAUCGGUGUUGAUACCCAUGUUCACCGUAUUUCCAACUGGCUCCGAUGGGUUCCGCAGGAGACAAAAACCCCCGAAGACACGCGGGUAGCGCUGGAGAAAUGGUUACCGUUUGAGCUUUGGGACGAGGUAAAUCAUUUGCUUGUUGGAUUUGGCCAAACGAUUUGCACUUCCACCUAUCCUCGCUGCAAUGACUGCGCGAAUGCACCGAUUUGUCCAGCACGAGGUAAGCACGGCAUCCGCAAAACACCGAUCAAGAAGGAGAUUAAAGCGGAAGAUUUGGAGUUUUGAUGGGGCAGCGGCAGUAUUGCUUUAUUUUCGUAAUGCCCAUUAUACACGGAGAGUACAAAUUUUCAUAAAUUAUGUUUGUUUUUGUCAUUUUGAUGUGAAUGAAA